AUGGAAAUAAAUAAAUUGAAUGAAGUUAAUCCAGAUGAUUUGGAUGUUAUCUUUAGAGGAAUCUAAUUAUUUAUUGAUUAAAAGGAGAAUGAUUUAGAAAUCACAAUUCCUUAACUGGUUGAAAAAUACAAAUAUUAUUAACUACAAGAUCAUGAUAAAAAGUUUUAAUUAUUUUGUUAACAAGCAGAUUGUUCCACCGAUUUUAGAUUAGAGUAUCAGAGUUGAUUGAAAAGUGCAAGAAUUAAAAUGCCAUAAAUUAUGUAUUGAGCAUAAGAGAUAUUUUAAAUUAUAAGGCAUAGAAUUUUGCUGUUAUACUAAAUAAAGUUCAGAAAAGAUGUGAAAUGCAAACAUUUUAAUAAAAUGAAGAUAGUCCAUAAAUUUAAAUGAAGAGAUCAGUUCCUUAAUGGUAAUUGAAUAGUUAAUAAAAUCGAACGUUGUUUUAAUUUUAUGACAUUGAUUUUUGGAAACUUUAUGAUAUUAUGCUUUUAAACAAGUAAUACAUUAACUCUUAAUUUAGGUAAUACUGUUCAAAUCUCAUUGUAUAUCAUUAAUCAAAGCUUGAAAAUGUUGAAAGACUAUUUUUAUAAAGUUUAGAGAGAAAUUAAAGAUUUCUUUAAUCUAAAUCCUUGCCAAUAAUGGAAAUAACUACUCUUGUAGAUAAAGCAAGGAAAUUAAAAUUUCUAUAACUUACAUAAACAAUGGAAACUCCAUAUGCAAAUAAAAAUAUUACAAUGUUUGGAAAUUAGAGUCCAAACAAAAAAACUUAAGUUAGUGUUAAGCAUUCGAUUUCAAUAAGUCCUCAAAGAACUUAGAGUAAAGAUCCUUAAGAAUAAGACAUUAGAAGUAUUUUCGAUUCAGAAAAUUGCAAUUUGUUUGAUUCAAAUUAUAGAGUAACAAGAGCUAAAAAUUUAUCAUUGCAUAAUGAUAAGAAUGCUAUUGGAUCUAUUUAAUCUAAAUAAAAAGGAAAAUCUAAAUUAUAAUAAGAGAACUUUAGUCCUUAGAAGGGAUGUAAAAACUAAAAUUGGAUGCUUCCAGAAAUAAAAUCUCCAUUUUAUUUAGAUUAAAAUGGUAUUUUAUUAAAUUAAAUUAGAUUCUCUAAUAAAACCUAUUUAAAUACAUUAAAAUUAUGUUUAUAAUUAGAGUCCGGAAAGAAGAACAACAAAGAAACCACCUCUAGGAUCAGAUCUCAAUAGUACUCUUUGUCAAUAAUUGUUACCUUAAUAUAGAAAUAAUGCUAGAGCAUUCUAAACAAUAAAAAGUUUUAUACGAAAAUGA